AUGUGGUUGAUGGACGAUGUGAGAAUGAGGUGAGCAGUUUUGUAUUUGAGAGAAAGAUUUUGAAGUACCUUUGUUAACAAAUCAUGAAAAUGGUUUUUGGUUUUCACUAUUUGGAAAUUAUUCUGUGAAUUCCAUCAAAACUGUAGAUUUUAUCCUUACUCUGAUAACUCCUUUUCAAAAAUUCCAGGACAAACGAAAUACAUUUUUAUGGUCAGUUCGUCAUCCAGAAAGUUCAUCUCGAGGUUAUCUUUUUGGCACAAUUCAUGUUCCAUACACUGAAGUUUGGAAUGAAGGUCAGUUUAUUUUAAAAUCAUAACUCCAAAUCAAAAAUGGAACGCUUUUUUUCAAAUCAACAUCUCAUUUUCCAUACGAAAAAUAAUCCUUUUAACCCUCAAAAACUUCUAAUCGUAUCAUCAAUUCUGAACAUGAUAUUUUUUGAAUUAUUCAUACAUAUCCUUCCAAUAUGAAAAAAAAAAUCUUUAAAAAUCUAGCUUUUUUGAGAGCAAAACCUUUUUUCGCUUCUAACAAUUUUACACAUCCAUCCAAAAAAGAACAAUGAAAAUGUGUGAAAAGAAGAAAAAACAUCAAGAAUUCAGAGUAAUUGUGCGGAAAAUUGUAUGAACAAAAACUUUUAUUUCUUCAACAUACAUAGAUACAUGGAACUCUUCCGGGGAUGGAACGGAAUAAUUUGACCUAAUCAAAUUGUGCGUGUUCGUCGGAAGAAAAUUCCGCAAAAAUAAUUAUAACCCACAGCAGGUGGGGGCAACCUUUUUUCUCUCGAAGACAGUCUGCUUGUUAUAAUGGGACAAAUUAUUAUUGUUGUUAUUAUAAUGGAAGCCAAUUUAUCUCGCGCACUGCACUUAUUAUAUUUUCACACAUUAAGAUGGGAAAAGGUUUUGGUCCUUCAUUUUCUGAAGAAACAAAAACAGCUAAUGGAAAAUAUGAUGCCUAAUUGUGCAGCUACCCAAUCGCUAGAUCAAAACUUUUUCUGGUAGAUCAAAAUAUGUCUAAAAAUCUUUCAGUUUUGCAUUUAAUUUCGUCUUGUUCUUCCUAAUUCAAGGCAGAAAAAUUUUGUCAAAAUUUCUCAACCACUUGAAGCUACAUUUUUAAUUUUUCCAUUAUCGAACACCCACUUCAUUUUUCAAAAUGUUCAAAAGGAAAAUGGGAAAAGGAAACAAAAAAAUCUAUUUUUUCAGUCAGUGAUCGUGUACGCGAAGCAUUCUCAUUUUCGGAUACCGUACUCCUCGAAGUCAAUCUUCGCGAUGAAGCCACAAUUCGGAGAUUGAUACGUUGCAAGAAUCUUCGUCGAAAACAAACUGCCAGAUCCUAUUUGCCAUCGAAACUAUAUUCAAGAAUAGAAAAUUGUGAGGACUAGAAAAACUUUACAAAAGUAAUAAUCCAUAUUUUUCAGUAAUGUUACUCUUUCAAAAAAGUCUGUUUCAAUGGGCUCAACAACGACAGAAUCCCAACAAUGGCGAGGCAUUCAAGCGAGCUGAAGAGAUUUACGACAAUAUUUCAGGUUAUUAUUUUUUGUCUCUUUCUUUUUUUCAUUGUCGGGGAGGUUUUCUGUGUUUUUUUUUCAUCAUAAGAUAUUGGUUGAAGUGGAUAGGACUUUGUGUAAAUAUUGUAAACAUGAGGAUAGAAAUAUAUACAAAUAUAUGCAGAUUUCCACUUGAUUCCGAGUGGAUCAUCUUGCUCGAUUGUUUUAUAAACAUCAUAUACAUAUAGGUAUAUAUUAUUGAACGGUUACAAUUUCCAAACUCAAUAAAAAAAUAAAUACAGAAGCACAUAGAUUCUUUAAAAAAUAUCCUUUUAAUUAUAUUUCAAAUUACAUAACACUAAUGAAAUAUUUUUCCAGGUGACUGGCAACGUAAAAGGCCCGAAUGGCUCCUUUUCCUGCUCUACCAGAUGUGUGAAAAUGUGUUUGAUCGACCAACAAGUCCAAUGCUUGAUUUAUACCUUGCACAAAAAGCGGCAGAAGAUCAAAAAAUGAUAAUUGCUAUCGAAACAACUGAAGAGCAAUGUAAUCCAAUUAAUUCAGUGACUGAUGAAGAGGUAAGAAACAAAUAAUGGUUCAGAUUACUUGGGUAGAGAGAGAGAGAGGGAAUUAAUUAGAAAUAGUGUUUGUGACUUUUUGGCAUGUAUUGUGAGGUAAUUUUCACACCUUACCACAUUUCCGUCUAUUCUCUCUUUUUGUCUUUUAUGUAUGCAUACAGGUGUUGUAUGUACACAUGGAUAUUCGAAGGCAAAUAAACAAAUACAUACGUCAAAUGGAUGA